UCACGGCACACAUUUGAUACACGGAAAUAGGGUAAACAUGUGAUUUUGCCUAAACAAACGCAUUUCAUGAAGCUUGAAUUUCUAUAGACACUAAGUUGCAUAUAAUUCAGGCUAUUGGUGUGCCUAUCACUAAAUUUCACUCUGUCCUGCCUCGAGUGUAUUUCAAAAGUAAAUGUCUUCAUUGCCACCUUUCAAUGGUAUCACCUAUUUGAGGGAUAGCAAUUUUGCCUUACCACGGAUUAUAGCCCAUGGUCCAAGGCCAAAAAAUGGCAAAUUAUGGUCCAGCCAACACAUAACAAUAAAGUAUUGAAAGAAACAAAGUAGCAUUGCAUGACUGUAUCAAUUAGCAUUCUAUACAUCUGUAGAUUCGUAAUUCGAAAAGGGGUUGUAUAUAUACGGUUGUAGCUGAACAGAAGAAAUUUCUACAUGAACAAUUGAAGUUAAGUUUGUAACGGGUUAAGGGUGGAUCUAAUAUUACACAGACACAGAAUCAUACAAUCGUUGAGCUUCUCGAGACAGUUCGUUGGUUUUGAAGGUGGUUUUGAAGGUAGUAGAAUAAAUUAACUUGUAGAAUUAUAGGUGCUCAGCUUUUUGACUCCCAUUUUUUCAGUAAGACUUUGUCAGGCUGUCUCCUUUGGGCUUUUUUGUGGUGUGGGUACUAUUAAAUGGUAUUCACAAUUCCAAGAAUGAUGUGUUUCUACAGUAGUAUAGAUUGCUGAUGUCACGGCCUCUAAGAAUGCUCUUUUAUAUAACGAACAAAUACUAUUAUAUAAGUACUUAUAUGGUGGUUUUCAAAAUUUCAGGAAUUGUUUUUCCCCAUAUAGGUAUAGUAGCCAGUUUUGUAUUAUAAUUAUCGGUCAGUGAAUUUAGUUUCAUUUCACUGCUGCUUUGGCGAUCACAGCUAAUGGUGCAUUAGAUCUAUAGCUAUACAAAAACUGACUGUGUUCAAGUAGUGUGUGUGGCCAAGAUCAUUCACUGACAGGAAGUUUUUGUGAACUUAAUUGCUGUAUCGAUUGUUGAUCAUGGGAAUUCGGACCUUAACCACCUACAUGAACGAGAAGGGGCACUUCGAGUUUGUAACCCUGAAAAAAGUUUCCAGUAGGAUUGUCAUUGAUGGAUUUAGCUUGUCCUAUCAACUGUUUUGUGGAAUUGGAUGGGGUGAUUAUUGUGAGUUUUAUGAGAAGGUUCUAGAUUUCUUUACAAUGCUAAAAUCUAUCGGAAUCGAGGCCUAUGUGGUAGUCGAUGGUAUUGAUUAUGAAAAUGAAAAGGCAGCAACUAGUGAUGAUCGAGUUUUACAGCGACUUAGGAUGUUGAGUAGGGCCAAAUCUCAGAUUGAACAGCUUAAAAAGAACAAGAUGAUUGUUCCUAAUCUGGCAAAAGUUGUGUUUGUCGAUGCUGUUCGUAAAACCAUUGGGGCUAGGUUCUUUGUUGCCGAUGGUGAAGCUGAUCGAGAUGUGGUGUCACUUGCAAAUCAUCUUGGCUGUCCCGUCUUAGGUUUGGACUCGGAUUUCUUCAUUUUUAACAUAAACCACGGACUGAUUCUCAUACCGCACAAUUUACAAGACCUUAAAACAGAGGUGCAGUAUUUUCACUAUCAGAAAUUUGAUCGAACAUGCAGCUUUAGCCACCCUCAAAUUCGCCUUUUCUUACCAUACUGUCUUGGCAACGACUUUCACGGUCGCCAUGCACUACCUGAGCUAGGAAUUGAUCAGGAGGCUAAAGUAGAGUUAAUAGUUGAAAAGCUUAAUAACUCCUCUUUAAACAUUGAUGAUUAUCAAGGAGAACUCGCUAGUGAUCGUAAGUUUUAUGAAGUUGUCCCUCAUUCAUUUGAAGACCUGUCUCAACACUCAGCAUUUAGUACAUCAGUCCCUCAGUGGAUUGUAUCUCGUUUCAAAAGAGGAGAGUUUUCGCGCAAUGUAAUGCAUUUCUUGGUAGGCCAUAUUCUGAAGGGGAGCAAAAUCUGGAAUUAUCUACUAGUUGUUGAAGAUAUGAAGAGAGAGUCUGCUUGGAAAGUGACCAAUUCGGUCCUUCUGUAUGCUAUUGGUGCUCUCAUUAGUUGCUAUGAAAGUGGCAGUAUCCCUGAAAUUAUUGUGAGGGUCAGGCAAAAAUCGCUGUGUAAAUUAGAAGAACGCAACGUUUCCUCCUCGCUCAAUGAGAAGCAUUUAGAGAUUCUUGGAUCACACAAUUUGUUGAAUAUUCCUGAUAUGCCCAAAAUAAAACAAAGAGACAUCGUUUUACGUGUAUUUCAGUGCAAGCAAAUUUCAGCGGAAUUGGAGAAUGUCUCUGAAGAUCUGAAAUUAGCAGUAGUUGCAAGCCGGUGUUGGUUGAUGGCUAUUCACUCAAGUGUGGACCAUCGAUUCAAGGCUUUCAUUUUGGCUCUAAUUCUCUGCCUUCAAAAGUGUCUCUGUAAAGGCAGUGAUGAAAUUAAGGAUUGCCGUAACCAAAUGAAGGCUCUUGAUCGGAUCCACUACUUAGCUCAAUGGGAAUGCAUGCUUCACCUUGCCAAUACUUUCAACCAGAUCCUCGGCUGCCCUUUUACCUACACAAGCCUGGGUCGUAUGUUCUCUGCAACAGUAUUUCAAAGAUUUUUCGUGAACUUACCCGAUCCUCUCUACUCAAUGCUUGACGAAGAAGGGAGGAUUAUGUACAAUGCAAUAACGAAAGAGCUUCUCCCGGAUGCACCAGUCGAACCUGUUCGCCAAGCCCAUGCUGUUCGAUUACAAUAUUCGAUCCCUACUCAGAACAGAUUUGCAUCAUUGUCUAACUUUGUGGAUUGAAUUCUACAGCAUCUAAAUCACUGCAUGUUUAUCGAUAGUGAUCAUGAGCAAUUAAUGUAACAAUAGUAUCACGAUACAUUAGAUAUUCAUAGAACCCCGUUUUCUAUGGCUACAUUUAUUUUAAUUGUUACUUCAUAGCGUGCAUUAUUAAGUUAUGGUCAGGUGACUAUAUACAAGCUGAUUGGCUGGAGAUCAUAUGAUCAGCAGCACUAAGUACAAGUACCGUAUAGGGGUAAUUUUUGUAUGAGCUACCCAUUCGUAUUUUAAGUAUUCGUACAGCUCAGGAUAGUGCAGGGCGUUGAACCUAUUGCAGUAAAAUAAUUAAUUACGAAAUACAAAAAAUCCACCAUACGAAAAUAACCCGCUAUAUAUACGGUACUUAUCAAUAAUUUGUGGUAAUAGUCUGGAUACACUGCAUGUACAUCGUACAAUUAUUCUCGAAACAAGAUGCUCGGAGAGCAUUCACCCUGUGCGUUGACAUAACGGACAUGCGAUUUACUUUUUAUAAAGCAACAAUCAUAUAAAACAGUGUUUUUGUCACCUUCUAACAGUGGGGUACGUGCAUGCAUGUCUUACACUGGAUUGUUCAGCCAUCAUUGGACGAUAUCUCAGGAACCAUUUUGGUUUACACCAUAGGGUAGGAUGGCUGGUGUAUAGAACGAAGAAGGUUGUAGUAUGAUGGGGUAGGUGCUGUUUGGAAUGAGGGACAUAAUUCACUGUUAAUAAUAGGCUCAUCAAUUAAAACAGUGUGCAUGUAUUAUUAUACUAAAGUAUGCAAAUUUUAUGUAUCAAUAUUAUUAUAAAUCUAGACAGUGAGUGCAUGCCUAGCCUCGAUUCAAGGCCGAUUAAAAUACGUAUUUUAAUCGGCCUGGAAUCGAGGCUAGUGCAUGCCACAGAGUGCGAAUGUUUGAAAAUUAGGAAGUGGGAGGGGCUGAAUGCUGCAAGACCACGAGGUUGAAGAUGGCUGUCCAAUGGUCCUCUGAGCAUGAGAAGCAGGAUGCCUUGUUGCUGCUGUGUCGAGACCUCAUAUCCUGUGUCAACAAGAUCAUGGACCCCUCGUCCAUUCAGGCAGAGAGAGCAGAGUGUAGUCAGAAAGUGGAGCAGUUCAAAGAUGAGAGUCCGUACUGUUUGAGGUGUGGCUUCAUUCUGUCCGAGGAGCACGUCCCUGUCAUCAGGCACUUUGGAUUGCAACUCAUGGAGCAUUUUGUUAAGUAUCGAUGGAGGAGCUUGAGUCUGGAUGAUGGCAGAGAGUUCCAACUGAACCUGCUUCAGUUCCUCUCAAAUAAACUCCUUCCUUAUGAUCAAGAGCCCACUUUCGUUAAGGAGGCUCUGGCUAGGGUCACCGUGGAAACAGCCAAAAAGAUGUGGCCGCAGAGAUGGGAUUCGUUUAUCACUGACUUGGGGACUGUCUCAAAGUGUGGGUCCACCCAGGUGGAGCUGGUGUUGCUAAUAUUUUGUCGUCUGGCUGAGGACAUCCACGGGUACGAGUCUGGCAUGACCUCAGGGCGUAAGAGGGAGAUGGCAGCUGCCCUCAACCAGCAGUCUCAGACAGUCUUCACUUUUCUCAUUAGCAACUUAGAGUCUCCUCUGUCGGAGCCCCUUCGUCAAACUGCCCUGAGCACGAUAGUCAGCUUUGUGGAGUGGGUGGAGUUUCCCACCCUCCUGAUGGAGGACGCCAAGCUCAUUAAGCUCCUCUACAACCUCAUAGGGAUGGAGGAACUUAAGACUGUCGCCUGUGAGUGUCUACUGCCUAUCCUCUCCAGAAAAGGUGAUGUUCGCAAGACAGAGGGAGACAGGACCACGAUUCUCUCAUUGCUUCUCUCCACUGAAGCUCUCAAUGGAAUCAUGGCUGCUUCAAUACUGGCCAACUCGCAAGGUGUGGUGGAGGAGCAAUACGUGUUCCUGAAGAGGGUGUGUCAAGUCCUGGUCCACUUGGGCACCUCUCAGCUGGCACUGCUCUGGACAUACUCUCUGACAUUCAAGCCUCCGGAGGCUCUGGAACUGUACCUCCAGGUUGUGGCUGAGUUCACUAAACACAACAGCCAGCUGCUGAGUCUGACAUCAGCUGAUGUGUGGAUCACGUUCCUCUCCCACAAUCACCUGAAGGACCACCCAGUGUUCAAGGACCACCUCACACACCUCCUCACAAUAGCCAGACAGAAACUGCUCAAGGUGGGUGACCCUGAUGUGUACGACCAUGUCAGUUCAGAGUAUUCCCGUCUGGACUUUGAUGGGGCGGAUGACUUUAUGCUCUUCUUUGCGACAUUUCGUGGUAAGAUGGUAAAGAUACUUAGUCAAGUGUCUCUUCUGAUUCCAAGAACAGCUGCUGUAGAAGCUCUCACCGUCACUGAGCAGAUGGUCCAGAAGAAACUUGAACCUGGGCAAGUUGACACAGGACCUCUGAUAAGCUGUCUCCAGACAUACUUUGGUUGAUUGUAGUCACGUACAAGCAUGCAAGUCACCUUUGAGGAAUUGAGAUAGUGAAUUGCAUGAUUAUAUCUAACUUCAUACAAGCUUAUAAUUAUAACGUCAUAAAAAAUAUAUAACCUGUAAUGUUAUUGCAUGCAGUGCAGUCGGCAUAAAACAUUCGACUUGUGCAUGCAGUGUUGAAGCAUAAUUAUAAUGCACCCAAGUUAUUUAUUUUGACUCUUACAUAGUGUACUCACACUAUGUACAGCUAUACCUUGUAUAUAAUUAUAGAGUCUGUAUAUAAUUAUAGAGUCUGUAUAUAAUUAUAGAGUCUCCAAAACUAUGAUAUAUAUAAUGGUAACUUUAUUCUCUUACCAUGAGUAUUGAGAGUACCUUGCACUGUGUGCAUGCGCAUGGCACGUUGCUCAAGCCGGACAUGCUGUGGGUUCCUUUUGUCAACUGGUGCAAUUAUCGUGGAGAUCUCUAUGAUGUCAAAUCCCACACACUAUAGCUCACGUGAUCCUUCGCUUGGUUUCAUAAAGUGACCAUGCUGUUGGACAUGUAUGUGUAGCUACUAGCAUAAGUAAAAAACUUGUAUGUGGAUUAGCCACCAUGACUGUCUCUAUAUGUAGCUAUAAUAGUUUAAUUUACACUAGCUAUUGCGAAAGAACUUUAGUGAGUGCUGUUUGAUGAUUUUGUCGAACGAUAUUUAGCUCUAUCAAGAAAUUUCGUGAAGAUCUGUCCGUCUGCAAUCUGCAAUCAUGUCAAAGUAUAAAUAAACUCUAUGCCACAGUCGAGUUAUGCAUUUUGAUUGUCAACGGUGAAAUUUGUUUCUUUCGUGUUGUUGAGAUGAGCUGAUAGCUUUGUCAGCUGUGAAAUCUUCUUUCGUGGUGUUGCAAUCAACAGCUGGUUUUUCGUGAUGGCAGGUAUACGUGUGGCUCUGUUCAAGCAAGCAAACGUAAUGUAAAGACUGAAGUCGCAAGCUAAGGCUAUGUUGAUAUUUGGAUGCAGAGCAUCUAUUAUGUAUUUGAUAUAAGGAACUCUAUGCCGGUGAACGUCUUGUUGCAUGUGAUCAACAACUGGCUUUACAGGGAUAUGAUAUGACUUUGCAUGCACAUGCAGACAGUGCAAUUUGAGAGACGAUUUACGUUGAUAGUAAUAUAUUAUGAUUAUAAUUAUGAACUCUGAACUUUGUGCCCCAGUCGAUAUUUGUUGAUUGAUGUGUUCUUCUUUCGUGUUGUUGAGAUGAACAGAUAGCUCGAUACGUGUCAGCUCUGAAAUCUUCUUUCGUGGUGUUGUGAUCAACAACGGGUUCUUCUGUUACACCUGCAGGUAUAUUUAAAAACAGUUGCUAUAAUCAGGAGUGCAUGAAUAGUAUAAUUAUUCAAUCUCUAUGCCAUGCACAGUCAAGAUUUGUUGAUUGUCUACGGUAGAUGUUCAGCGAAGGCUUCGAGAGAUCCUGCAAUACUUCGAUUCUUUCUUUGAGCUGUGAGAUUGAUUUUUCGAUUAGUAGAUAUUUCCUCCUCAGUCGGUGUUGUUGAGAUGAACAGUUAGUUCCGUAAAUUUUCUUUCGUGGUGUUGUGAUCAACAACUGUUCCUUCUGUUGGCAUAAUAUAUGGCUCUGUUCAUACAUGACCAUGCAUUGAGUCGGAACACAUUUUCCCGAAAGAGAUGAACAGAUGUCUAAUAAAAUGCUGUAUAUUAACGGGUUUGUGCAUGAUGGCGUAAUUGUGGAAGCUUGUAUUUUGACUAUAGGCUUGGAGCUGGUGGUGAAGAGAAAUAUUACCACAUAAACACUUUAAUCGUUGUGACCGAUUUUUUGCAUUUCAUUGUGCAUGGAUUGUAUUGAUUUUAAUUUUGCUUUCACUGUGGCAUGACUUUGUUGCUUGUAUGCAUAACGAUACUGAAUCACUAUGUUUUUAGUGCAUUUAUGAUCUUCAAUGUA